ACAGCAACAAUCACAACUUGCGUCGUAAACUCAGUUCUACCUUGGUAGACAGAGGCGGUCAGAUAAAGAACGUCUUGACAGCGCCACUUUUUGCGGACAGCUUGAUCAAGUGGACAGUCAAGAGGACCGCAGUCGAAGCAGCCGAAAAACAGCAAAAAUGGUGAUUGAAGUUCACUCCGAUCGUGUGAAGUACUCGGAGGAGUACAUCGAAACGGAGUACUCGUAUCAGACGACCGCUGUGAAUAAGGAGGGCGCUAGCGUGAAAUGUUACCCGCAAACAAAAGAAUUCGUCUUCAGGACAACGCGCAAAGUGCCUAAAACCUGUUUGGCACUCGUCGGGUGGGGAGGAAACAAUGGCUCAACGGUAACGGCUAUGAUACUCGCGAAUCGUGCGAAGUUGCAGUGGAAUACGAAGGACGGCGUGCGCCAAGCUAAUUACUGGGGCAGUAUCACGCAGGCGUCGACUGUCGGCAUCGGAAUUGAUGCCCAAGGCCACGAAGUGUUCGUACCAAUGAAAGAUAUCGUUCCAAUGCUCGACCCCAAUGACCUCAUUGUCGAUGGUUGGGACAUUUCUAAGAUGAACCUCGCAGAGAGUAUGAAGCGCGCUAAAGUCUUGGAGUGGGACGUACAGAGGCAGCUAUACGAUCAGAUGAAAGUGCUUGUGCCUCGCAGGGCGAUUUAUGACCCCGACUUUAUAGCCGCAAACCAGGAAGCGCGAGCUGACAAUGUCUAUAUGGGCCUGAGAAAAAAGGAAGAGAUGGAAAAGAUUCGAGAAGAUUUGCGUGACAUGAAAAAACGCUGCCCCAACGUCAUUGUCCUUUGGACAGCUAACACUGAGCGCUUUUGCGCUGUACAGCCCGGUCUCAAUGAUACGGCCGCCAAUUUGCUUGCCUCGAUCGACCGCAACGAGAGCGAGAUAUCUCCGUCGACUCUGUACGCCGUCGCCUGUAUUCUCGAAGGGGUCACUUACAUCAAUGGAUCCCCACAAAACACGUUUGUGCCAGGUCUGAUCGAACUGGCCGAGAAAAACAAGGUUCUGGUUGCUGGCGAUGACUUCAAAUCAGGUCAGACAAAACUGAAAUCGGUGCUUGUUGACUUCCUUGUUAGUGCCGGUAUUAAACCAGUUUCCAUUGUCAGUUACAACCAUCUCGGCAACAAUGACGGCUUCAACCUUUCGGCUCCGGCGCAGUUCCGCUCGAAGGAAAUCUCAAAAUCGAACGUUGUCGAUGACAUGGUCGAAAGCAACAAUCUGCUUUAUAAGCCCGGCGAGAAGCCUGACCACUGCGUUGUCAUCAAAUACGUCCCAUACGUUGGCGACUCGAAACGCGCCAUGGACGAAUACACAUCCGAGUUGGCCAUGGGAGGUCGCAAUACAAUCGUCGUGCAUAACACCUGCGAGGACUCGCUGCUCGCCGCGCCAAUAAUUCUAGAUCUCGUCAUCCUUGCUGAGCUUUGCCAGCGCAUCCAGAUGCGCUUAAAGCACCAGGCCGAGUUUUCGGGCUUCGACCCUGUACUCAGUAUUCUCAGUUAUUUGUGCAAAGCACCGCUUGUUCCGCAAGGUACUCCAGUCGUCAACGCUCUAUUCAAGCAGCGUUGUUGUAUCGAGAACAUUAUCCGCGCUUGCGUCGGCCUUGCGCCAAACAACAAUAUGCUGCUUGAGCACAAACUUCGACCAGAAAUGCGGGCGGAGUUCUACCGGGUGCCCGCAGUUGAAACGAAGCCAACCAUUGAGAAAAUCACUAAGCUUAAGACGCACCACGUUGGCCGGGACGUUGCGGCUGUACGGACAGCUUAAGACACUCUGCAAACACACAGGCAGUGACAAAAGUCCAGCUGUCAUUCAAUGAUGCCAUCAUCUCGCAAUAUCAGUAUAUAUAUAUAUAUAUAUAUAUAUAUAUAUAUAUAUUAGAUAAGUUCACAUUGACAACCCUCUCCCCAGCUUAGUUUUCCUCUAUAUUUAUAUACCAUAUUAUUUCGCGUAGUUUUUAUUAUAGGGAGCACCCCUACAUGUUCCAUUGGCUGAACUGCAAUAACCAGAUGAUGGCGGGUGAUUGCAUGUUUGCAGGUUACAGACAUUAACAAAAAAACCUUCGUCAGAGAGUUAGUGACCAGCGCAAUUUACUUAAUAACAUUAUGGCGCACGACAACAGCGUUGUUAGUGUAACGAAGAGUGCGGAGUUCGCCAAGCAGAGGAAAGGCUAAACGUGAUUAAGUCACGGUUUGCGAUUGAUUACAUUAUGGUUUACGAUCACAAAAAGAUGCGCAACAAGUUUUUUAAAUACAACCCUUCCAUAACUGGGGCUAUAAGAGGAUUUCUUAAAUCUUACGCUAUAU